AUGCGUCGUACCAGGAGUGCAGGGAAUGAAUACCUUUUGUUCAACGAGGAGAUUGAGCGACUUGUCCGACUGAACAACGCUAACAGACGCAGGGCAGAACAAGAGGCACAAGAAAGAGAGAGACAGUUAGAAGCAGAGAGAGAGAUGGCAGAAAAUCCGGAAGGACAGAAUGACAACAACAACAACAACAGGACCCUUCGAGACAUGAUGUUCCCAAGCAACCUGAAUCCCAGGCCGUCAGCAAUAGUGUUACCCGAGAUCACUGGAAAUUGGGAGUUGAAGCAUACACUAAUCCAAAUUUUGCCCAAGUACAGUGAUAUGCUCGGGGAAGACCCUCAAAGGCAUUUACAAGACUUUGAGAUGGCGUGUGGAACAGUGCGCACCGCAAGUCAAGCCCUUUGCGAGUACAUCCGACUCCUCACUUUUCCGUUCUCUCUAUUAGAAGGAGCGAGGGAGUGGUUGUACGAUUUGCCCGAAGGAAGCAUUCGGACCUGGCAAGAGCUGCAGAGCAAGUUUUUAGAGCGAUACUUCCCAGCCGCCCGAAUCCAGAAUUUGAGGACUCGAAUAAGUAACAUCAAAAUGGGGACGGGAGAAAUCCUCUAUGAAUACUGGGGAAGGUUCAAACAGAUGUUGGCCAAAUGCCCACAACACCAAAUACGGGAUCAUGAUCUUAUUCGGUAUUUCGUGGGAGGACUCCGAAGGCAAGAUAGGCAAUGGUUACACGCUGCAUGUGGAGGAUCGAUCCUAAACAAAUCCGCAGCGGAGGCUUUCAAGCUCAUAGCCGAUAUGGCAGAGGAAUCAAGAGAUGAGGAAGGGAUGAUAGUCAGAACUACUCCGGUGCCGGCUUCUUCUGCCCAAGACAAAAAGUUGGACAAGCUUUGUAACAUGUUCGAGAAAUUUAUGACGAACCAAGGAACAUCCAAUCAAGGGAUUCCCAACAUUCGUAAGCCUGUGAAGGCAUGCCAGCUUUGCAUGACAAAUUCACAUGCAACCGAUGAAUGUCCACAACUUUUCGAAGAUGAAGAGCUUAAUGCUAUUGGGCAACAGCCAGGAGGAAACAACGGAGGGCAGAACCAGAAACCUUUUGAGCCCUACAGGCAGCAGUACAACAAUCAAGGAUGGAGGCAACAUGAGAACCUUAGGUACGGCAACAACAAUUUUUUGGGGCCAAACCAAGGGCAGACGAGUAACCCACCACAAUACUCGCAACAACCUCAACAGGCAAGAGGAUCCUCCCUAUCAGAGCUCGUGCAUCAAAUGGCCCAACAACAAGUGAAGUUCCAGCAAGAGACCGAAAAGUUCAUAAUGGAGACAAGAGGAGGAAUGCAGAAUGUGAACUCCCAACUAUCACAUCUUGCCCAAGCAGUCGCCAGACUUGAAAGCAAACAAGGGACACUCCCAUCCCAAGUAGAGGUGAAGAAGGUGAAUGCCAUGACACUCAGAGGAGGAAAGGAGUUGCCCGAGGUUGAUAAGGAGAAAAACAAAGAAAAGCUAGAGAUCAACGAGCAAGUCGGAAUGGGAUCAGCAGAUGAGGAAGAAUUCGCCCAAGAGAAAGAGACAAAGCGAAAAGCGACAGGGAAGGGUAAAGAGAAAUCAAGCCAGACUGAGCCCAGACUCCCCUUCCCAGACAGAAUGGCCAAGGAACAAGAGAAUAAAGAAUUAACCGAACUGGUUAAAAUCUUCAAGAAGGUAGAGGUCAAUAUACCCCUUUUGGUCGCGCUACGCUCUAUGCCCAGAUGUGCAAAAUUUCUCAAAGAACUCUGCACUCGGAAGGUCAAAUACACGGAUGAUGCAAAAUUUUAA